AACGCCUAACAAGCGAUCUUUUCUCCUUCUCUACGUGGAGCCAGCCAGUCAUUUUUGUCCCUACAAAAUAAACAGUUUGAUAGUAAUUCCCUCAUUCGAGGAUGGCGCUUGUGAGAACUUGCUUGUCCAAGAUUUUGUCUCAUCGUACUCGUAAUCCUUUCCUUUCUUACCUCUCACCACCACCUCUUACACUUUCUCUUCCUCGAAUCCACUCCUUCACUCUCUCUGCUUCCCUUUCUACUUCCCACACCACCCGCUUCAAACCAAUCUGCUUGUACCACUCCCAGGGAAAAUGCACCAAGAUGGAUGAUCUUAUUCACCUUGAGAAGUUUAAUCAUGAUAGCUCUAGGGAGCUUCAAGUGAAUAUUUCCGAGUUAAACAAGAUACGCUCUCAGAAUCUAGACUUUUUCCUUAUACUUGAUUUAGAGGGUAAGGUUGAGAUUCUUGAGUUUCCAGUUCUAAUGAUUAGUGCAAAAACAUUGCAAGUUGAAGGCAUUUUCCACAGGUUUGUGAGGCCCUCAAAUAUGAGCGAACAAAGAAUAAAUGAAUACAUUGAAGGGAAGUAUGGAAAAUUUGGAGUUGAUAGAGUUUGGCAUGACACAGCCAUACCAUUUAAGGAAGUUAUUGAAGAGUUUGAAGCUUGGUUAAUGCAACAAAAGCUAUGGAUUGGAGGGGAACUUAAUCGCGCAGCAUUUGUAACUUGUGGAAAUUGGGAUUUGAAAACUAAAGUCCCUCAACAGUGUGAAGUGUCAAGAAUAAAGCUUCCCCCUUAUUUUAUGGAGUGGAUUAAUCUCAAAGAUGUCUAUCUGAACUUUUACAAUAGGAGGGCGACAGGAAUGGUUACAAUGAUGAAGGAACUGCAAAUACCUUUGGUGGGAAGACAUCAUCUUGGCAUUGAUGAUACAAAGAACAUAGCAAGAGUACUUCAGCACAUGCUUGUUGAUGGUGCACUCAUUCAGAUUACUGCAAGGAGGAAUCCUAGGUCUCCUCGAGAUGUCAACUUUCUUUUCAAGAACCGUAUCUGAUAGUGGACUUCUCGUUGGAUUGUGUAACUUCACUUUGUGUAGUCAUAAUAUUUGUUCAGUAGCUUAUUCAAUUUUGGUUUAGUCAAACACCAACAGAGACUCGUAAAAUGUCAAUGUACAAUUGUAAAGACAAUUGUGAAUGAAAUAUUUUUAAAACAAACUGCUACAAUGAUCAUGUUAA